GUUUGAUGGGAAGGAGUUGGCCGGGCUCAUCGCUCUGUCACUGGCUGCUGCUGUCCGCUCCGGAGGCGGACUGCGCGGUGGUGGCCGAAACUGGCCGAGGUGGACGCCAGCGCCGGGCUUUGCCCGUUUCUACUGGAAGCUGUGAAUUCCUUUGGACAACUGAUGAUAUUUAUUAUUGUGCCCAGUUUCUACAAAUGAAAAAUGGGUGGAUUAUUUUCUCGAUGGAGGGUAAGUUAACGAAACCUUCCACAGUAGAGGUUCUGGAAAAUAUAGAUAAGGAAAUCCAAGCAUUGGAAGAAUUUAGGGAAAAAAAUCAGAGAUUACAAAAAUUAUGGGUUGGAAGAUUAAUUUUGUACUCUUCAAUCCUCUAUCUGUUUACAUGUUUAAUUGUAUACUUAUGGUAUCUUCCGGAUGAACUUACAGCAAGACUUGCCAUGACACUCCCAUUUUUUGCUUUCCCGUUAAUCAUCUGGAGCAUAAGAACAGUGCUUAUUUUCUUCUUUUCCAAGAGAACAGAAAGAAAUAAUGAAGCAUUGGAUGAUUUAAAAUCCCAGAAGAAAAAAAUACUUGAAGAAGUCAUGGAAAAAGAAACUUAUAAAACAGCUAAGUUAAUUCUUGAAAGGUUUGAUCCAGAUUCAAAGAAAGCAAAGGAGUUUGAGCCACCGUCUGCUGGAGCAGCUGUAACUCCCAGACCUGGACAAGAGAUUCGUCAGCGAACUGCCGCUCAAAGAAACCUUUCUCCAACACCAGCAGGCUCCAGCCAGGGCCCUCCUCCACAAAUUCCAGUUUCUCCUGGACCACCAAAGGACACUUCAGCCCCUGGUGGACCCCCAGAAAGAACUGUUACUCCAGCCUUAUCAUCAAAUGUGUUACCAAGACGUUUUGGAUCCCCUGCUACUUCAGUGCCUGGAAUGGGUCUUCAUCCUCCUGGUCCACCUUUAGCAAGACCCAUUCUGCCUCGAGAACGAGGUGCUCUGGAUAGAAUUGUUGAAUAUUUAGUUGGUGAUGGUCCACAGAACAGGUAUGCCCUUAUAUGUCAGCAGUGUUUUUCUCACAAUGGCAUGGCUUUGAAAGAAGAAUUUGAGUACAUUGCUUUUCGUUGUGCCUACUGUUUUUUCUUGAAUCCUGCAAGAAAAACCAGACCCCAGGCUCCAAGACUUCCAGAAUUUAGUUUUGAAAAGAGGCAGGCAUUGGAAGGCUCAAGUACAGUUGGCACCUUGCCCUCAGGAAGCGUAAUUUCAUCAGAGAACCAGAUCAAUGAAGAAUCUUUAGAAGAACAAGAUGUUCUAGAUAAUAGUACAGAACAGACAGAUGACAACAUACCAGAUAUGGAGCAGACAAACCCAGUGCUUGAACAAGCAUCUGGCAUAGAGGAACCAGAGGAGAAACAAGAGACCGAGAAUGAAGAAACCUCAAUGAGUGAGGACAAGCCAGCAGUUCCCAGAGCUGAUGCUGUUCCUGAUCCUGAACUAAGUGGAGAAUCUUUGACAAUGUAGUAGAUGCUUCCAUGUGCCUUCAACUGGAUAUUUGUAGUCUUGCUGAUGUCAGUUAUUGCUUUUUUAGGUGGUGCUUUCUUUUUUUUUUGCCCCCUCAAAGACAUGCUUGGUAUCGUUUGAAUUUCAGAUUGCCUAGCUAUUUCAAUAUAUCAAAGUUAUGUCUACUCGGUGUUAAAACUAAAAGCACGUAGUGUCAGUAAAGUAGAAUCCUUUUGAAUGUACAGAAACCCACACUCUUUAGGCAACGUUUAGGUAUUUUUUUCUGUUCUAAAAGUAAACAAAUAUAAGAGAAGUUUUGUUUUCUACUUGUGACCUGUAAAUACAUUUGGCAUAAGAAGAGCUUUGGUUAGGAAAAAGUUCUAAUAGCAUUUGUUUUAAGGAAUGAAACUCAAUUAAGAUUUUUAAUACUUCAUUAUUAAAAUGGAUAGAAUUUUAACUCUUGAGAUAUUUGCCAGGGGGUAAAAUAUCUAUUUAGGCAUUUACAUUAAGAGGUAUGAAAGUGUCAGUAACAAUAUAGGCAUUUGUGUGAAUUCUCAAUAAGAAUGCAGUUGAACAGUCAAGUGCAGUGUUACUUUUGAUGUCUCUUAUCUUGCAGCCGGGCCAGAGGUACCUGAUGUAUAUAGUUAGCUUAUGUUUACAUAUUAACAUAUAGGAAAUAUCUCUGCACUUGACUGUACUUGAAUUUUGAGCAUUAUUUAUAUUUGUAAAAUAAUGAUGAUAUUAUAAGUGAAUUUUGUGCUCUUAUGUGUAUUUUGUUAAGGAAAAUAAAGAUGAUCUGGCAGCA